AUGAAUGAAUUCAAUAAAGUAGAGUUUGACUGCCACUUCCUUGAUGAAGGCUUUACUGCCAAGAACAUUCUGGACCAAAAAAUCAAUGAAGUGUCAUCUUCUGAUGAUAAGGAUGCCUUUUAUGUCACAGACCUUGGAGACAUUCUAAAGAAACAUCUAAGAUGGUUCAAAGCUCUUCCUCCUGUCACCCUGUUUUAUGCAGUCAAAUGCAAUGAUAGCAGAGCCAUAGUGAAGACCUUAGCUGCCAUUGGGACAAGGUUUGAUCGUGCUAGCAAGACUGAAAUACAAUUGGUGCAGAGUCUUGGAGUGCCUCCAGAGAGGAUUAUCUAUGCAAAUCCUUGUAAACAAAUAUCUCAAGUUAAAUAUGCUGCCAGUAUUGGAAUCCAAAUGAUGACUUUUGACAGUGAAGUCGAGUUGAUGAAAGUUGCAAGAGCUCAUCUAAAAGCAAAGUUGGUUUUGCGGAUUGCCACUGAUGAUUCCAAAGCAGUCUUGACAGACCUCAGUGUUAAAUUUGGUGCCACACUUAGAGCCAGCAGACUUCUUCUGGAACAAGCUAAAGAAUUAAAUAUUAAUGCCAUUGGUGUCAGCUUUCACGUGGGGAGCGGUUGCACUGAUCCUGUCUUCGUGCAGGCCAUCUCUGAUGCCCGCUGUGUCUUUGACAUGGGAGCUAAGGUUGGUUUCAGCAUAUAUCUACUUGAUAUUGGUGGUGGCUUUCCUGGAUCUGAGGAUGUGAAGCUUAAAUUUGAAGAGUUCACCAGUGUGAUCAACCCAGCACUGGACAAAUACUUUCCAUCAGACUCUGGAGUGAGGAUCAUAGCUGAGCCAGGCAGAUACUGUGUUGCCUCAGCUUUCACACUUGCAGUUAAUAUCAUUAACUGCAAAAAUAUCAUUUUAAAGGAACAGACAGGCUCUGAUGAUGAAGAUGAGUCAAGUGAAGAGACCUUUAUGAAUUAUGUGAAUGAUGGAGUGUACGGAUCAUUUAAUUGCAUCCUUUAUGAUCAUGCACAUGUGAAGCUCCUGCUGCAGAAGAGACCUAAACCAGAUGAAAAGUACUAUUCAUCCAGCAUAUGGGGACCAACAUGUGAUGGCCUUGACUGGUUUGUUGAGUGCUGUGACCUGCCUGAAAUGCAUGUAGGUGAUUGGAUGCUUUUUGAAAACAUGGGCGCAUAUGCUGUUGCCGCUGCUUCUACUUUCAAUGGAAUCCAGAGGUCAACUACCUAUUACAUGAUGUCAGGACCAACAUGGCAAUGUAUGCAGCAAAUCCAGAACCAUAGCUUUCCACAUAAAGUAGAGGAGCAGGAUGUCGGCACUCUGCCUGUGUCUUGUGCUCAGGAAAGCAGCAUGAAACAUCCCUCAGCAGCGUGUGCCUCCACUGGUAUCAAUGUGUAG